AUGGCCUCCACAGAAGCAUCGCUCAGGCUGAAAAGCCCAAGUUUUGACACACCGCCACUGUCGCCACCGUCGCUUAUUGAACGACAACAGCCGAGUUGCGCGGAGCCUUUAGCGCAGUUUCAGCUGCUUCGGGAGUUGAGAGCGCAUGUUGCCGUGCGUGUCAUGGAUGCUGGGAACUACAGCGAUCCCAAUGUUUCCACCUCGUCGUCUCCAGCGAAGAAGUCGCCAAAAUUUUCAUUAGGGCGCUCGCUUCUCUCAGUGACUUCGUGCCUUGUCUCCAAAGUGGCUCCCUCCCCAGAAGAACGCCACAUCACUAUUGAGGAGGCAGCAGCGCACACAGUAACGUUUGUCGUGCGGCAUUUGCCGAAGGGAGUAGGUGCUGGCGAGGCGGUUCAAGAGCUCGGGGACGUCAUUGUGAGCUAUCCUCUUACGAUGCUGAUGGAUGUCUCCACCUUCUCAGUCCCUGAAAAGAAUGCCUUCCUGUUCAAAAUGUUGCCAGAGACCUUCCACCCCACGUAUGCCACGGAGAGUAGCAGGAGAACGAAGAACACUGACUUGGGUAUUACGUCCCCACCCACCUCCUCGUCGUUUGUCAGCGCUAGUGGCGAGGUUGGGUUGCAGCUGAUUUUUAAGGAAACGCUUGCCGCAUUCCCGCUGGCAAAGGACAUUUUUCGGAAGGUCGAAAUGCGGUUUGUCUCGCCAAGAGAACGUGAUUUGUGGCUGAAUUGCCUCGAGAAGUUUUACGCCACAUUUUUGCUAGAUUCAGUUCGAACGGGCGGUGGGGUUUGUCUCUGCGACUCGGAGAUGAGGAAGCUCACUGAGGAAAGUGCACGGCUGAUGCGGCAAAAGCCAGCACCCGCCGUUAUUGAGCGUUAUAUCGACUUUUUUUUGUCCUUUGUGAGUCGGGAGGACGCUGAUCGAACGCAAGAGGUGGAGGUCGUGGAUCCGAGGGACGUUCCAUGUGGAGGCAUUCUUCGCAUUGACCUUGGCGAGAACCACUUUGAGACACGACGGUUUGCCUACAAGAAGAACAAAAGACGUUCGGCGUCGGCUGGGCAUACGUUGGAGGAGGAGGAAGAGUACCUUGUCAUGCACCCAACCACCGUGUCGCAGCGUGUUCGGAGGGUUGCGAAGUACAAGGUUCCAAUUGGGCAGCUGCGUGUGAUGGUGGAGGAGGAGCACUUUGGACACGCUUUUUUCCUCGAGCAGACGGCAGAGGUCACGAGCGGAAGUCCGAAAUCUCUCCUGAGUCUCUUCCACAGCCAGCCCAACAACUUGCAGUUGGCAUGGGCGACGUCGCCGCCAGAAGGCUCCAAUGACUUUGUCGUCACGGAAACGAUUGAACUUCAUGCCAGUGGGUUUCUGAACCGCAUCCGAUGGCUGAAAUGGUUUGAGGCGGUACUGCGGAAACCUGUCAUUUAUCUUUCCCGUCUCCGCGAGGAGAAAAAGUCACUUGAGAGGAUCCAUGACCCACGCCGGCGGCGCACGUCACUCUUCCUAGAGCCUCUUCCUACCACCUUCGCCGGCGACGACUGA